CUAGCUAAUGCCUGUCCAGCUUCCUCACACCGGCUCGUAACAUAGGACAUACCACACGUCCGUACCGGUGCAUUAAUUUCCAUACAUAUCACCGGUUACUCUCCCGUGUGUAGUGUGGGCCGGGUUCCGUGGCUGUGGUGUGGACGCUCAGCCGGCAUUGCCGUGGUUACCCCGGGGGAGGUAGCGCACCGUAGCUGGGGGAGGCCUCCUCACACCCCGGUACAACCUCCGGUCCCUCCGCUUCUACUCCUCUGCCCUCCCCUUGGUGACAUUGUAUGGAGGCUCUAAACGGUGGCUUCAUGUUCUGUCCCCAGUUGUGACCGCGCCACCCGGAGCCGUCCCUGAGGGAUGUCAGAGAGCACGGACAUGGACAGAACAAUAAAGGAGACUUCCAUUCUUGAAGAAUUUAAUAUCAAUUGGACCCAGAAGCUUGGUGCUGGAAUCAGUGGUCCUGUAAGAGUUUGUGUGAAAAAGUCAACACAAGAACGUUUUGCACUGAAAAUUCUCAUUGAUCGCCCCAAAGCCCGAAAUGAGGUACGACUACAUAUGUUGUGCGCAUCUCAUCCAAACAUUGUACAAAUAAUUGACGUUUAUGCAAACAGUGUGCAGUUCCCCCACGAAUCGACCCCCAGGGCACGGCUCCUAAUUGUUAUGGAGAUGAUGGAGGGGGGCGAGCUGUUUCACAGAAUCAGCCAGCACCGGCACUUCACUGAGAAGCAAGCCAGCCAAGUAACAAAGCAGAUUGCUUUGGCCCUACAGCAUUGUCACUCGCUAAACAUUGCACACCGAGAUCUAAAACCAGAGAAUCUACUCUUUAAAGAUAACUCUUUGGAUGCUCCUGUGAAAUUAUGUGAUUUUGGUUUUGCAAAAAUAGACCAGGGGGACCUAAUGACGCCACAGUUUACUCCAUAUUAUGUAGCACCUCAGGUUCUGGAGGCACAGAGAAGACACCAGAAAGAGAAGUCUGGAAUUAUUCCUACCUCACCAACACCAUACACUUACAACAAGAGCUGUGACUUGUGGUCUUUAGGUGUUAUUAUCUAUGUGAUGCUCUGUGGCUAUCCUCCCUUUUACUCCAAGCAUCACAGUCGGACUAUCCCUAAAGACAUGAGGAAGAAAAUAAUGACAGGAAGCUUUGAGUUCCCAGAGGAAGAGUGGAGCCAGAUCUCUGAAAUGGCAAAAGACAUUGUCAGAAAGCUGCUGAAGGUUAAACCUGAGGAGCGUCUCACUAUUGAAGGAGUUCUGGACCACCCUUGGCUGAACUCUACUGAAGCUCUUGAUAACAUUUUGCCAUCUGCACAAAUGAUGAUGGAUAAGGCCGUGGUUGCCGGGAUACAACAAGCCCAUGCUGAGCAGCUUGCCAACAUGAGAAUUCAAGAUCUUAAUGUUAACUUGAAACCAUUAAAUAUUGUCAAUAAUCCUAUUUUGCGGAAAAGAAAACUGUUGGGGACAAAGCCAAAGGAUAGUGUUUACAUUCAAGACCCAGAAAACGAAACUGAAGAUUGUAAUGUUGCUAUAGAAAAACUGCGGGAUGUUAUUGCGCAGUGUAUACUACCGCAGGCCGGAGAAAAUGAAGAUGAAAAAUUGAAUGAAGUUGUGCUGGAAGCCUGGGAAUUCAAUAGAGACUGUAAAUUGCUGCGAGACACAUUACAAAGUUUCAGUUGGAAUGGUCAAGGAUUUACAGAUAAAGUCGAUCGCCUCAAACUGGCAGAAAUAGUCAAACAAAUUAUCGAGGAGCAAACAAACUCUCAAGAAGACUCGCAGUAGCUAACUUGGUUCCCCCCCCCCUUUUUUUAUUUUUAUUUUUUUUAGAAGAAAAAUCUUGCAUCUUAAAUAACUGUAAAAUAGUUUUAUGUAAAUUAUAUCACUGAAUUUCCACAGUGCUUGAACAUACAACAUAAAUGUAGAUAGACAUUUAAGAAAAAUCAUUGGUACUGUAAUUUAUUUAGAAUAAUUAUUUCAAUGUUAUUUUUCACACUACUGUACUGUUAAUAGGUACAAUCCUAGCAGGGAAUACAUAGCCAAUAAUGGCGUUGUAGUACUCUAUAAAGGUAUGAGCCCUCUCCAUUUCUUUGCCCCUAGAUAGAAGACUGCUGUAUACACAAGCUGCUCACUCCUUUUACUACCAGAUAAGACCAUAACCUGCUGCUGAGCAAAACGUUGCAGGCUUGGAUGGUAGUCAAUACAUUAACAUACUUGAAGAUAGCUUUGUGGAAUGUAACUGACUAGGUUACACUGGCUAGCAGUUUCCUCAGGAAUAAUGGGAUAGAGCACAUGCCUUUGAAUUGUUCACCAGCUGCUCUGCAUACGUGCCAGUAUCAUUCAGAAUGAAAUAUGACUUUCAAAUACUACUAAUUCUUUAGAAAUCUGUAAAGACUGUCCUUGUAAAUGGACAGAAUGUUCAAGAAAUUCUCAGCCCUGGAAUUGUCAGUUUUUUUUUGUGUUUGUUUUUUUACAGUUAAUUUCCAGUAGGUGGCGCUGCUGCACUAGAAUAUGGUAAUACAGACGUCUCCAUGUUUUAAGAUCUGUUUAAAUCUUUUAGCUUAUUUUUUUAUCACUUUUAGUUUUGCGUGGUUAUUUUAUUUAUUUUUUAAAUAUUAUUUUCCACUUUUUAACUGCGCAGUUCUAAGCUUUAAUACAUUGUGUUGUAGAUAACUUGAUAUUCUAUUUUAACAUUUUUCUUAAUAUCAAAUAUGCAUAUGUGGCAUAAACUCAGUGUGCCUGAACAUGCAGUGAUGAACUGCAGAAUUAAGUGCCAAUUCUAGGGUUCUCUAAAAACAUACUACUAAGCAACAGUGUUGGUGUCUUGUGGCACAGUUCAAGUCACCUGCCUCUUUCUUUGCCAGGGGCAUCUCCCUUGCUUCAUCUUCUCAGCUGAAUGUGCAUUGGUAUAUAUUUGGAGCACUCUUCCAGAACAUGUGUUUUUUAUUUGUGUCUGUAUUAGUUUAUUAUAUCAAAGUCUACAUAUUGUUUCAAUUUGGUGUCUGUAAGCUGCUUCAGUGUAUUGACCAACUGGUGGAAUUUUACCUGAUCAACAACCGUGUCCUAUAAGAGUUUAAAUAGACAACCAAUGUUGUAUUAAACCCAUCCACCUAAUGAAUAUCUUCAUUCUUUUUUUUCUGCCAUGCUGGAAUUAAGGACAUGUAUAGCAAGAGUUCAUAGUCUGUAACUAUUUAAAUGUUAUUGUAUAUAUCAGAAUGUGAAUUGUAAAACAUGUAGAAUAACUGCUACAAAAGUUAGUUGUUGCAUCUUCUUUGGUCCGUUUAGGGCGCUGUCAGACAGAGGCUUUAAAGGCUACCGCUUUCUACAGCUGCAUGUGCCACCAUCAAGAUAGAUGAACCCCCUGGCAGCAUACUGCAUUGAUAUUGUGUCCAAAUCUUCUAACUUUCAAGGACCCCCACUUGUCAUGUAUACAUGGAAUCUCCUGUGACAAAUGAAAAAAACACUUUGAGGUUAUAUUCAUACGUCCAGUUUCCUGUGCAUAUUUCAUGCUGUGUUUAGUCAAUUAUAUUACAUUGCAAUCUGCAGCAUGAAACAUGUGCUGGAUAUAUGAAUACACCCUUUUGGUCAGUUUACACAUCCUUAUUUUUUGCUGCAGCAGAUUUUACCACCCAAUAAAGUCAUUGGGCAGCAAAAUCUGCUGCAGCAAAUUUAAGGAUGUGUGAACUGACCCUUAAGGGGUAUUUCUAUGAAUAAUUUUAUUUGAUUACAUUUGUUCUCCAUGUAAGAGAUGCCAAUGUUGAGCAUAUAGCAGAUCAUAUAUCCUGUUCAGGGGUGUGGAAAUACAUUUUUUUUUUUUUUUUAAACUACUUGUCCAAGGGACUAAAACAGAACACAAUCUACGUCCCUCAUGAAAAUCUACUUGUCCUGGUAAACAAUAUAAUUUCAACCAAAAUAGUUCAUAAAUAAGGUCUUUAUUAGUUUCUGCACUUUUGUUUUUUCCUCCCCGACCCUAUAAUAGCCAUAACUCUUAUUUUUCCAUCUACAGACCCAUAUGACGCUUGUUUGUUGCGGGACCAAUUAUACGUUAUGAUGACACCUUUCAUUUUUCCAUAACUUAUGCACUAAAACAAAAAAAAAUUAUUUGUGAGGUGAAAUUUAGUUUUCGCCGUUCACCCUAUGGUCAAAUGUUAUUUUAAUACUUUAGGUCAGCCUGAUUACACCAAUAACAAAUUUGUUUAGUUUCCGCCAUGCUUUACUAAUUAAAAAUUGACAUCGGCGAUCUAUAGGGCUAGUAGCGGUCGUGGGCCAGGCAAUUAGCGGCGGCCCCCAGCUACUGAAAUCAGCUGGGGGCCACGGGGUAUGGAGCAGGCUCCCGACUUGGGAGCCCGCACCAUAUACCCUGAGUGUCGGUGUGAGGUGCAGACUUGCAUCCCAUGCAAGUCUGCAUUCACUCCUCCUCCUGUCAGUCUGCACAUCACCACGGCAUUAUAAAAAUAAAGGGGGAAGUCGGUCCGGCCCUGCUUGCCCGAUACAGGGUAAAUGCAGGAAAAAUUCCCCUACCCGGCGCCUGAAACUUCAUGUCCCAGGCGUCAGGCGAUAGGAUUUCCACAUCCCUGAUGUUGCUAAAACUCUUUGCUGCCUAACAAAUAUAUAAAAUAUUGCAGCUUUUCUCUGAAAUAGCCAUAGCCUUCAAGGACCCUGUGUGGCACAGCUCUCACAGCAGGAAAUCAGUUUUCUACACUUUUUCUACAGGCUUUUUAUAUCUUAAAUAUACCACAAUGGUACAUGGCAUUGUUUGGAUUUCUUGCUAUGCUGCCUAAUGUUUGGCUUUUCAAAAGUUACCUUUAAUGAUACCAUUAAAAAAUGUGUAUGAAAAUUACGUGAAGUUGGGCUUGUGGAAUAUUAAAGACUUAAUUUAAGAAAUUGCUGCCAACUAUGUGAUAAAGACUGCCAUGUGGGUGGAGGAAGAGAACAACUAAUUCUCAGCAUCAUGUAGACCAAGGUUUUAAUCCUAUUCACUGGAGUAGCUUUUUAGAACUACAGAACCUGUUGUUUUCUGUUGUGUAACUGUCGUCCUUAUUUUUUUAUUUAAAAAUGUAGGAGAUUUGAAGACUUAAGCUUUUCACAACCCUUUUAUGUUAAAACUACAUCUAAAGAGCCAUUACUGUGCUGUGUAAGGUCAGCAGCAUGGCUGCACUGCGCACUCUGCUGCUCCCUGUGCUGUGUAUCUCUAAAUGCCAAUAGAAGAUGCUGUUCCCAAUACCAGAGAAAGAAAGCCUUGGUCACUCCAUCCAGUAAAUACACAGUGCCAGGAACAGCAGAGCACGAGGUACAGACGCAGCUCAGUCAUCCCAUUCUACUGCUUUACCCAAUGCCCCCUGACAUUGGUUACAGCACCUGAGUGUCGCUAUUUAGAGAUACACAACAUAGCAUUGGCUCUUUAGGAUGAGUUAGAUGAAGUUGGUAUAGAAGGGUUGUGAAAAGCUUGUAACUUCAUGUAAAAAAAAACUAGAUAUAUCACAGAUACAUCAAAAGUUUUGGUUGGUCAGGGUCUCAGUGCUGUCAACAAUUUCCAUUAUCAAUUUGUCGUAGCCAUUAGGGUUGUUUCCUGGGAUGUUAGGGGCAUGGCCUAGCAACCAAUAGAUAUGGCAUGUGCGGCCUAUCUGUAGCACGGAGACCGUGGCCUGGAGUGCAGUCUGGAAGCAUCAUCAGUGAACACCGCCUCCUGUCAGGAGAAGCCUUCUCUCCCGACACCUGCCAGAAGCUCCUUUCUCCAUCUUUCCUGCAGUGUCCUGAUGCAGGGAGGACGGCCAAGGUCUGUGAACUGCUCCUUCUCCCCUGCAGCGAAGAUCCAGCUUAUUGGUUCACCCUUCCGUGGUCUUCCCUCUAUUUAUUCCCUGUUAACGCUUCAGGUCCUGUCACCUCUCUCUUUCCCUCAGUUCAUCCUUCAGGUGCUGUCUCCUCUCUCUCACUCCUGUUAAAGCUUCAGGUGCUGUCCCCUCUCUUUCCCUUCUUUUAACUCUUUAGGUGCUGUCCCCUCUCUUUCCUCCCGGUUAACCCUACAGGUGCUAUUCCUUUUCCACCUGUUAAUUCUUCACAAUGCUGUUCCCACUGUCUCCCAUUAUAGGGGUUAUCUGUUGGGAGUGAGUUGUUGUGUUUUUUUGUUUUCUUUUUUACAGUCACUGGCCACAGUGCUGUUCGGCUCAGCUAGUGAUUGGCUGUGAGCAGCAGUAUAACAUACCAGGCCCAAUCAUCACAGUGCUGGUAGUGAGUAGAUUUUUUUUUUUUUAACACUGUAUAAUGAGCAUUGUUUACAUAUAUAUUCUCUUUUUUCCUGUUCUCCGCUUUUUUUGUUACUAUUUAAUUUAUCAUAUUUAGUUGCAGCCCUAAAAGUUUUUGAAAUGAUGGACACUGUAAUUAAGUAAAACUUAAGACUUCAAAUUGCCUACAUUAUUAAAUGACAGUUCUACUUUUACACAUGAUAAUCCGAUAUAUAAUGCUGAUAUGAAUCAUUGUUGGGUUUCUUAAAUUCAGGGUGACCUUCAUAUAUAAUUUUGCACUUAUCGAAUGUGAAAACAAAUAGUUUCCAUUGCAUAUUAUUACCUUGUGGGGUUAAUUUAGGCAUGUCUGUAUUGAGUAUAUCGCUAGUUGCUGUCAAUAGUGCACUAAGUUGCUCUUUUCUGGAUACAGCUUCUUAGCAGGCCAAGGGGAAAAUCCCACUUAGUAAUAGUUCCAGUGUGCCACAGAGAUAAACCACUAGGAACAAAAGGUACAAUAGUAGAUAUUUAAGGAGUAUUCCAAUAUGAGAAAAUCUAUUUUAAACAAAACUAGCACCCCAAGAUAUAUAUAACAUACUAAUAUAGUCUAUCAAAAAUUGUGCUGACUUCAGCAUGUUUUUGCUUGAUUUACCCCUGACAGAAAGUUGUGUAACUAUUUUAUUUUCAGUCUCAAGCGUCCCAGCUCUUCUCUCACAAGACAACUCCUUAUUCUCCGCUGUUUAUGGAAGCUUUGCGAAAUUUUGUCUCUGAACUCUAGCCCCGCCCCCUGAGUGAUUUCAUCACCAUCUCCCUGUCAUAUAUAUACACAUAUAUCUUAAAGGUGUGUUCACAUUGAGUAAUGUGAACGGAAUAUCCGCUCACAGAAUUCCAUGAGCAUAGUAUUCAUCUGGCUGCCACCGACUAAAUACUUUGGCGGUAGCACCGUGCAGCCGCGGGCCAUCACUAUUGACAGCAAUGCAGGGCUUGCGGAUGUCUGCGCAAAGAAUGAGCAUGUUCUUUCUUUGCAUUGAUCAGCGGUGGACUAUUCCACCACUGAAAUUCUGCAGUGUGAACAGGUCUGCGGAAGACCCUUUCACACUGUUAGCGGUUCACACCACCGAAUUAUGACACACAAUUCCUCAGUGUGAAUAUACCCUUAUUGGGACAUUGAAGAAAUGAAGGUGAGUUCAUGCCGUGCUGCCUUGUGCUUAGCAAUGCCACAGGCAGAGGAGGAGACAGGGAAAGUAUGCAAUGGAUGGUGCGGAUUUUCUCACUGCAGAGUAAUAGUCUGCUGUGUACUGAAAUGUUCUGCAGCAGCUCUUGGUGGGCAGUUGGCAGGAGUGAUGUGGGAGGGGAGUGAGCAAGCUGGGGUAGCUGUAAGGAAGAGCUGAGGGAAACCAUUACAUUCUAGAAAGUGUGCUAAGAAACCGUGAGUAUCUGACAUAGAAAGAGACCCACAGACUCAUGUGGACCCCGCUCCUUGCACAUGGAGAGCCAGGCGUUGUGCAGGUGCUCUUGGGGGAGCACAACUGUUGUAUCCACCGCAAUCAGACACUUAUCCCCUACCCUGUGGAUAAAGCAUUAGAUGUAAAAUGCUGAUGAACCCCUUAAAGCAGUGUUUCUCAACCUGGGGUACAAGUACCCCCAGGGGUACUUAGCAGUUCUCCAGGGGGUACUUGAAAAUCAGUAAUGGCAGCCACUGGUUACUGGUCUGGACCACGUUGAAAGAAAUUGUUGGCUGAUGUCACUGCACCGAGGAGUGGAGCAGGAGAACAGCAAAGGGGAAGCGCGGGCACUGGGCUGCUGUGGGCAGUAACUACUAUCAGCUUUGUUGCUCCACUACCCCUGCAGACCGGAGACCUACUGCUAUGAGCCAUAGCAAAAGUUCCAUGGAGCAGUGGAGCACCAAAGCAGGACAGUAUGGUGGCCUACAACUAUUUAUGGGGGCAGUUUGGGGGCCUACAGCUAUAUUUGGGGGCACAAAGGGGGCCUAACAACUUUAUGGGGAUUCAAAGCAGGUACUAUUACUGUGUGACAAUAAACAUGGGGAGUUUGUAAAGAGGUUAGUAUUGUACUACAGAAAGGAGCCUUAAAUGUUUGCUUGGCGGGUUCUGUGGAGAUGUCUUGUAUGGGAGAAAUCUUAAUGGUGGUCUAGGCCAGAUAGGGAAGAAAAGUAAACAACUCCGGUUAGAGAAGAUGUCACCUGUAAAUCUGGACUGGGGACAUAGGGAGAGGAAAAGGGGGCCUAUUAUAGAGAAAGUAAAGCAUAUGAAUUAUACUAUAAUCACUACAAAAUGUCUCUAUGGGGGUACAAUUUUUUGGGAAUGGGCUGUCAAGGCGUACUCAGGGAAAAAAGCUUGAGAACCACUGCCUUAAAGGAGUAUGCUCCCAUUCAAAUGAUAGUGGAUAGGUGUCUGAUAACAGGGGUCUGACCGCUGGUACCUCACAAUCUCUAUAAUGGAGCCCCGGUUCUCCCCACUGUAUUGAGCGUGUAUUGCCCUGCCCUCUAUGUAUUGUCUAUGGAAACACUGGAGAUGGGUCCCAGUGGUCCAUUUUAAUAACCUAGAAUGCACUGACAUUAAAACAACUUAAAAACAAUAACAUAUCAAAGUGGAGGAUACAAUAAAAAAAACUUACUACACUCACCCCUAUGGGAAUGCAUAAAAGCCAAUACAAAAAAAGAAUACACACAAAUAUAUAUCUACCUUACAUUUAUAGCAGAAAAAUAUGACCUCCUAUAAAUGUAAUAAAGUGCAAAUGUCUCUCUUGCAAAUACUGUGACAACAGGCACAGUGCAAUACAACAGAGAAAUAUGUGAGCUAUGAAUGAAAAUUAACUCUUAUAUGCAGGGACAUCACCAACCACCCAUAGGGGAAUGGCCCCACGCAUUCCACCGCCCACCAAGACUGCUUUUUCAGGACUAUUAAUAUGUGAUUGGGGACCAUCUUUGACUAUUAUGCAUUCCUUUAGGGGUGAGUAUAUCUUUUUUUUUUUUUUUUUUUUUUUUUUUUUUCUUUAUUGUAUCCUUUACUCUAUGUUAAAGUUUUUAAGUGGUUUUAAAUGUCUGUGGAAUCUGUGCAAUUAAUACAAUGUAUUUGAUUUUGUAAAAUGUCAUGGUGCGCAGGUGUACAUAAUUGUCAGCCUUUCUCUUCUUCUUUCCUAAGCUGCUCAUAGCAAACCAAUCGGAUUUCUUCUUUUAUUUUUUUAGAAGCCUUUUUCAAAAAUUAAAGGGGUACUCUGCUGCCUUGCUUCCGGAGCUCCUCUCCCCAGUGUCGGCCGUCACGCCCCUUUCCCAUAGACUUUCAUUGAGGGGCGGGCGUGAUGUCACGAGGGGUGGCACUGAACACAGAAACCUGCUCACAGCGUUUGGAACAAUAAACUUCCGGACGCUGGAGCGGAGCUCGGGAAGCAGGGCAGCGGAGUUCCCCUUUAAAGAUCUGAUUGUUCUAGGCAACUGGUCAACUUUUCCUCUGCAAAGGUUUGCAUAAAUCUCCCCCUCUGUCUGUUUUUCAGUCUGUCAUUGGUUGAUUCCAAGUUUGUUGGACUUUUUACCCAAAGCAACCACUUUUAGAAACUUCCUUCCCUGAAUUUUUUGGGUAUACUUUUAUGCUUAGCAUAAUUUAUGAUGUAGUUUGUGCAGGUAUCAGAAAAACCAGAUAAAACGGGAUAAUUUAUAAAUUAUGUUGUCCAAAGUAGGCCUGCUAUACCCCAGCACUAAAUGGUUGCUAUAGGCAGACAGUAAUGGACAUGCUUAGGAAGGAUCUGCACUUGUCUUGGGCUAAAUCGCUUUGUUGUAAGAUUACCAUAUUACCGUGGCUAGCUUUUUGUGAACUGAUUUGAUUUCCUGUUUGACUUUUCUUUUUUUGACUACAAAUCCCAUAAUUCCAUUUUCCUCCCUCCCACACAUCAGCCACCCCACCCAUUGAAACAUAAAUGAGCUGCAUCCAUUCAAAAGACCUGUGGUUUUCAGUCAGGGUGCCUACAGCUGUUGUAUUAGUUGCAGAUUGAUCUCUCUCCCACUAAGCAAUCCCUCCACCCAUUGAAGCAGGCAGGCGCCCUGUCAUCAGCUGACUAGUGAGUCAGGUCUUUACCGCAUUGCAACCUGGGAAAAAUCUGAGACAACAGUCAUUUUGUAUGCUGAUAAAAAUAAAUAUUGGGGUGAAAAUCACAGAAGAAUUGUGAGAAAACCAUCACGCACAGGUACAGACACUAUAUUAUGUACUACACUAACUUUAAAGCCCCUUUAGCAUAGUCAAGUAAAAACUGUUCCUGGAAUAGCCCUUUUAAGCUUUGUUUUCUGGCCCAAAAUACAGCCACAAUGUAAUUGUGAGCUUCACCUAAGCAUUGAGUGAACUGAUUCCAAUCUUUGACCCCAGUCAUGAAGGAUGUAGUUUGUCACUCAUUCAUGAGGUUUCAUUUUUGUAUUAUUACAUGGCUUUGGUUUCAUGGUGCUGAAUCCAGAAUUCAGUCUACAUUUGAAAUCUAUGUACAAUUCAGCAACAUUUGGAGCAUCACCGCGAAAGAAAAUUCCUCGCCUCAAACUAUGUAAUUUCUGCAUUACCCUUACUGACCCCAUCCAUCGUUUGUCUUUCCAUUCUAUACAGCAGACAUAAAGCUCUGAGAAAGGCUGGAUUUUUCACAUACAAAGUUUAGUCUAGAAGAGUUUUUUUACUUGUGAAGUUGACAAUUUGUGUACGUUGCUUUUGUUUGGUCUUGGCGGUUAGUUAUUUUUCUUUAAAAGAUAUAUUGAUUACAGCAAAUCCAAGUUGGUUGCUCUUGUUCAUACCGGAGUACAGCCAAAGAAUUGUUUACCCUCUUCAGAUGAAAAAAUGUUGCUUGGUUGCAUUUACUACUGGAGCUAUGUGGGUCUGUUCUUCUUUUCUCUAUCCCAUUAGACAUGUAUGGUGGUGCUUUAAAGAAAAUAUGUCCACACGACUGUCCUUUACACAUUUUAGCAUGUGUGAAUACUUUGUGUUCCCCUAUCCAUUAGGUGCUCAUUGUAUUCACAACAUUACAGAGUAGAGCUCCCACUUUCACAGUUACUCUUGAGUGAUUGAUUUUUUGCUCAUUUAGUUAAUUGUGUAUAUAAUAUUUUGCAUAUAUCGUUGCAGGAGGAGUCAUUUAUUUAGGCUGUGGAACCGCCUUAACAUCAUAUUGGUUGUGACAGAAAAAAAAUCCUUCAUCUGACUAAACAAUAGCCUAACUUACACAAAUCUGUUGUCUAUAUUUCCAGUAUGGCAGCAUUGUCUAAACCUAUAGACAGAAAAAGAGGAAUUAUUGGAAAUAUUAAUUCACCAGACAGAUAUUUUUGGAAAGUUCCCACACUCGGAGGUAUGAAUUCCAUAUUACAGUGAAACCUUGUCACAACCACAUUUCUACAAAAAAAAAAUGUUUUUUUGUAGGUAUGGUCCACUCAUAGACAAUAAAAAUAUACAGCAUGCUGGUUAAACUGCUUAACACAGUCAGCGAAAAUGAAAUAUACCAUAUAUAUAUAUAUAUAUAUAUAAUUUUUUUAUUUUUUUUUUCCAUAAAGGAUAAAACUCCACAGUAUCAUGUCAUCAAUGACAGUAAAAAGCGAAAAUAAAAUUGUCUGUGUCCUAAAAGCAUACCCGUCAGAUGCCAAAAAUGUUUUUUUUUUUUAAAUAUAUCACUCAAUAUGUGAUCCUGACCAUGUACAUCUAAUUUUUGUGUCUAGCACCUUUAUUUAUUUUAUUAUUACACUUUUAAUUUAGCUCACUAGUCUGAAUUCCUCUCAAAGGGAGGGGGUGUGGCCUCACUGUGCAGGUCUCCGCCCCCUCCCUCAGUAUGCUGUCUGCUCACAUCUUCCCUAGCAUUAGCAAAACUACAACUCCCAGCUUGUCCUCACUCACAGUAGCGGGACACAAGCUGACAGUGGGAGGAUUUUUCCUCCAGCUAUGAGCCCUGCACUCACAGCUGUCAAUCAAGGAAGUGUGUCCAUGACAUAGAUGAUGAUGCAUGGACACAGCAGGACUAGUAUGUGUCCAAGCAGGCGGGGGGGGGCAGUUGUUUGACUGGCUUUUUCAGUAUGAAAUACUGAAAAAUUUCUAAUGAAAGCAAUUGCAAAACCUAUUUUGCAUGCUUUACAAUAUAUCAAAAGUUGUAUCUGACAGUGCCCGUGUAAGGCCAAAAUGGGCCGUGUCCUUAAGUGGUUAAAACCAGUUGGAAUUUAAGAUAUUGUAGAUAAACCAUCUUAAGUGUCACUGCCACAGAACUUGAAAGUUUACUUCUACUAAUACACUCUUCUUGUACCACAGUUUAAUUUUCACUUGAAAUUUGUCACUGUAAUUUUAUUGGUAAGAGGUAAUGAAAUUCCUGCCUUGUACACUACCCUAUAGAGCACUAAUGUACAUUUAAAGGGGUACUCCGGUGGAAAACAAAUGUUUUAAAUCAACUGGUGCCAGUAAGUUAAACAGGUUUGUAAAUUACUUC